AUGGAUGAUUCAGAGGUUAUAAAAUGCAUUUUUUAUAGUGAAUUUCAUAAUAUAUAUGGUACAAAAAUUUUACAUCAAUACCCAGAAGGAUUUAUUUCCAAUGAGGUUUUCGAAGGUUUUGCAGAAUAUAUUAUACCCAAACCAAAACUAUGUGGAAAAGUAAUUACAUUGACAGCAUUUGAUUAUAAAAUAUUAGGAUAUCCAGUUUUAGUGCAAGAUGUUAAAUAUCAUAGAAAUGCUUUGUUAUUUAAUUUAUGUUUUGUUUUUGAUAAAAAUACAGAAACUACAAAUUAUAAUCAAAUAGUUAGAAAAUUAGGUAUCAUUUUAAGAACAUUAGAGAAAGAAUCUGAAUAUUUAUUUAAUCAAUCAAAAGAAAUUGGAUUAAAUAAAGAUCAACCAGAUUUACCAGUAAUUUUAGAAACAUUAUAUAGAGAAUUAAAUACAUAUGGUGAAUCAACAUUUAUAGUAGACGAGGCAAACACAAUCAAUGUUAAACUAUUACCAACACCUGACGAACCUCCAGAAAUUUUACCACAUCAAGUACCAGUUUUAAUUGAAGAAAUUGAUACAUCGAAUGAAUCUGAAUGGGAUUUAACUUUAUUACAAAUAUUACCUUUUAUAGAUGGUAUAAAUUAUGUUGGUAGAAUUUCUAAAUUAACAGAGAUCGAUAUUAGUUUAGUUAGUAGUUGUAUUCAACAUUUAGUUUAUUAUAGUAUUGUUAAAAUGGUGGAUAUAUUUCAAUACUCUAAUAUUUACAACCCAACACCAACUAUCAGAAAACUAGCAAGCAAUUUAGAUAUGCAAAGAGAAUGUCAAAAAUAUAUAACGAUUCCAGGUGCAACACCAUGUUCAUUCGAAUUAAUUUUCUCAUUGUAUUCAUCACUUAGCAUCGAUAUAACUUUUAGGGAAUAUUGUUUAGAAAAUUCAUUAACAUCAUUGGGAAUUGACGAAAGAGCUUUUAUUAUGUUUGGUAUAAUCAACGAAUUCCUAAGAAGAAAGCAAAGAUAUCCCUUAAUUACAAAUCUAUCAACUUUAGAUGGUUUACCACUAUCUCAUAAAAAGCAUUUAUUAAAUGGCACUAAAAACUAUGAUGAAAUUUGUUGUAUUUUAUCAGUUGGUGUAGAAGCUGUUGAAAAAAUUCUAUUUGAAAUAGCGCACCCUGAUUCAUUUAUAACCAUUCUAAAAUAA